AUGCUAGUUGAUGGUUUUCACUGGUUUAAAUUCAAUUAUUUGACUAGCUUGUAUUUAAUACUUUUAUUGACUCAAAUUGUUUUUAUUGUUGAUGCUAUUAAUUCAACUACUUCAGUUCAUAGUCGUCAGUUGUGUUCAAAGAUUCAAUCGAUACUUUCGUCUGGCAAAUAUAGAACAUCUGCAAUAUCAUCUAAUAUUACUUAUGUCUCCCAUGUCUAUACUCACAAUUUUCUUGCUUAUUCUCCUCAUGAUGACUUAUUAAUAUUUAUUGAACCAAAACAUCACUUAUACGUAUAUGAUGCACAAACCAUUCGCCUAAUUGUAAAUUUAACAACCACUGAUGUUAUUUAUGCUACAUCAAGUACAUCAUUCUCAGUUAGUGAUCGUCGUGAUCUAUUUUUUAUAUAUGAAUCACGUUUAGAAUCAGGUCUUCUAUCAUUACGCGUUUGUGAAGUGAUUUUUAAUAAAUUUAAAUUAAGUUUUGAGGAUAAAAAUUGUAUUAAAACAUUAUUAAUACAUUCGAAUAAAAAUGAUAUGCAUGUAAAUGGUUUAACUAUAAAACGUAAUCAUGCUAAAACAGAAAAAUCAAUAUUGUUUAUAUCAACGGAUAUUGGUCUUAUUUAUUCAAUAUUUAAUACAUAUACUGGUAUAUUGAUUCAUGAACCAGUUAUUCUAAAUGGUACUUUAAAUGAAGGAAACAUAGUUAUAACUCCAUCGGGUAUAGUUUAUUAUGCUAAUAAACAAGAACAUACAAUUCAUGAAUUGCGUAUAACACAAGACUUUCGUGUACGGUAUGGAAAAAUAAUUAAAAGUAGUGCAAUCAAAGCUCCAUUUGGUUUAAUAGCAGACGAAUGUAAUCAUCUAUUUAUAGCAACAAAAUUAAUGAUAUUAAUAAUGUAUGUUGAAAAAUAUACAACAAUACGUAGUGUAUUGCCGAAAACAUCCGAUUUACCGAUAACAAUUGAAAGACUUAAUUCAACUACAUACGUUUAUGUUACUGUUAAAGAAAAUUCUGGAAAAAUUCCAACUACAUGGAUGUUUAAUUUUCUUUCUUUUAUAGAAAAAUUUUCUGAUGUUGACACUACUUCUAUUAGCAAUACAGAUGUAUCUACCAAUACACUUGAUGAAUAUUCUCAGCUUUCAACAUUCGAUUCCUUGUUCUCGUCAAUUACACAACUACCAACAAGCCAUGAAGACAAAGAUCAUGAUAAGCAGAUUACACAAGAAAAUUUAGAAAUGAAUGAAGAUAAAUUACCCUUUUUAUCAUCGUCAUUAUCAAAUGAAGUUAAUAUUGAAUAUUUACAUUCGCCUAUGUCAACUAGCACAUCACUAGAAACAACUCUAAUGACAAAUCCAUUUGAUAUGACACGAUCUAUGUUUUUAUCAGAUGAAAAACCUUCGAAUGCUGAUUUAUCUAUCGAUAAAAUUUAUUAUCUUACAGAUCGAUUGGUUGAAAAUGCUUCUAAUACAAAGCAUGUAUCACCUACAAUAUCUUCGCAUGAGCCAUUAACUACCAAAAAAGAAUCUUUCGUGACGGAAUUUAACUUAGUUCAUCAAUCAGAUCAAAGUUUUUCGAGUUUUGAUAACAUCGAACCAACACAGCUUCCUUCAACUGUUAUCCAUGAGAAUGCCACCCUGUCAAUGCCUAAAUAUUUCUCGAACAUUAAUGUUUCUCAUUCUUCUUCUGAUUUCGAAUUACUUGCAACUCCAUCUGAUCCAUCAGUAUUAGAGAUUAAUGACAAUCAGAUCCAUUCUUCUUCACUAAAGACUAGUGAUGUAAUGAUUCCGAAUAUUCUUCUCGACACUACUCUACUUCAAAAUCAAUCUUAUUCGACCACUACUAUGAGUUUCAAUUACAAUCUUCACGAUGAUCUUAAUGAUGAAUUUCAAGUAAUCACAAAUCAAUCGAUAAAAAAUAUACAAAAUGAAACACUAUUCAUGACAGUCACUAAUUUCAUCCAUACAGAGAUGGAAAAUGAAAACAAUCAAACUAAUUCUUCAUCGAUAUCAACAGACGUUAAUAUAUCCACUACCCUACACUCAUCAUCACCAUUUGUUGUAUCCAGCACAGUCCCUAUUCUCACCAUUAAUUCUCAAUUAUCAUCACCACUUCACCCUUCACUUUCACAUUCAAGCACGACAUUAACAAAAAUCAAUCGAUUAUCAUCGUCAAAAUACUUUUCAGCAACAACUACAACAAUAUCUGCGCCUCCCACUAUGUUGCCACCAUCAUCUAUUAAUCUGCUACAAACGACUGAUCUAUCUACAUCGUCAGAUAUUACUGAGAAAAAUUCCAUUUCUAUUUUCUUUGACGAAUCAUUUUCUUCAAGUUAUACAUCAACUACUUCCUCUUUAUCAUCCACUGCAACUAAUGAUCAAUUCAUAUCGAAAUUUUCAAACAUUUUCUACGACGAGUCACUUACAUCUACAAUAUCUUUAGAAUCAAGUACGACCGAUUAUACAAUCCUUUCAACUAUCGUCACUACUAGUACUAAUUUGGAUUUAACCACGACAGUCCAAACAAAUGAGUAUUCAAGUCUUCGAUUAGAAACUACAAAUGAUGAACAGAAUCUUGUAAUUACCAAUGAAGAUUCUGAAAUACACACUUCGUUCCAAUCUUCAUCAGAAAUAACAUCAACUAUUUUUCUUGAUGUCCAUAAUUCCGAAACUGAACAUUCCACUCUCGUUGUAACUUAUCCAUCGACACGAUCUCGUCGACCGACAAGAAGACGAACUAGCAAAUUAUCAACAAUAUCGACCACUACUUCCACAAAGUCCACAGAUGUAUAUCGAACUCGUAGACGAAAAAUAACACAUUGGAAAUCACGAAUAUCAACUGUUAAUACAAGUACUUCUUUAGUUCGGACAUCCACCAUCAAUCAUCAAUUCUUAACUUCUACUCCAUUUUCUAUUGACCGUUCAAACUCAACGUCUCUUCAACAACAAAUGAUUGUAAUUAAACCAUCUAUAAACAUAAAUUCAUCAAAUACACUGUUAUCAAAUGAAUUAUUCAAUAAACUAUUCAAUAGUACAACCAAUUCUUCUACUGAAAAAAUUAUUUAUUUUAAUUUACUUGAUAUUCCACCAUCAUCAUGGAAUCUUGCAUUAAAUACAAAUGAAAGUAUUGUUUUCGAUAUAGCAGUACCAUCUUCUUCUUAUUCAUCAAAUUUUCAUAGAACAACAAAUUUAACAAUUACAAAUGUUGAAGCAAAUCGUUUAUCAACAAAUAUUAUUGGUUCACCAGUUAAUUUGCAAGUUGAUAAAGUUCAAGCAAAAAAAUUUUCAUUAGCAAUGAAUCAAGGAAAUAAUGAAACAAAUCAAUCAUUAUCUGAUGUGAUUAUCGGUUAUAUUAAGACUGAACAAUUUGAAUUAAAAUUAACAAAGUUAGAUAAUAUGAAUAUGCAUAUUCAACAAAUUGAUUCUGAAACAGCUGAAAUUUAUUUUGAUAGUCAAUUUUGUACAGAUGAAAAUAAUCUAGAAAUAAAUUUAAAGCUUUCAAAAGCUGGAACUGUUCGUUAUGGUAAUCGAACACCAAGUCAUAUAGGACCAGUUUUUACUCGAUUACAUAUGCUAAGACAAUCAUGUGACCUUGAUCAACCGUUAAGAUUCUUUUUUGAUAUAUGUCAAAGUGAAAAUCCAUGUUUGAAUGGUGGUACUUGUGAAUCUCUUCUACCAGAUUAUGAUAAUAAAUUUUCUUCUCUUAAAAAAACAACAGAAGUUCAUUAUCAAUGCAUUUGUCCCUUAUACAUAACAGGUGAACAUUGUCAAUAUUUAAGAUAUCCCUUUGGUUAUUGUGUUAAUGGUGGAAAUUUAGUUGAGAUUGUUGAUUUAAAUAUCAACUCCAAACAAAAAUGUUUAUGUCCACAAGGUUUUCAAGGUGAUCAUUGUGAAGAUAAUAUUGAUGAUUGUAUAAAUAUAAAAUGUUCUAAUCAUGGAAUAUGCCUCGAUGAUAUUAAUUCGUAUAGGUGUUCAUGUUUUGAUGGAUAUUAUGGGAAUGAAUGUGAAGAAAGAAGAGUAGAAAUGCUUUUAAUACAAGUUGCAAGUAAAUCGUUUGCUAGUGUAGCGAUUUUAUUAAUUAUUUCUAUUGGUUGUCUUGUUAUUGCAAGUGAUAUUCAUACUUAUUUAACAAGAAAACAAACAAAACGUUAUAGAUCAAAUAAAAUUCCACGUGUUGCAUCAGAAUUAUUUGAAAAUUCAGUUCUUUUACUUGGUUUUAGUGAUGCUCCUAUGGAGAUGAGUGAUUUAUCAGCAAUCGACAUCAGAAAACAAUCUAAGAAAAUCAAACAAUAUUCAAUGAAUAUAGGAAAAAAAUCUGGUUAUCGAAGUAUCACAAGAGGAAAAUAUAUCAAAACAUUACGAAAACCAACAUCAAAAAGUUAUAUAUUAUCAAAUCCAACUUAUCAAAAAAUUUAA